UCUUCUCUUUGGCUGAAGAUCUGCAAAUGGAAUUCACAAAGCAAGAUUUUUCUUUUGAGUAAUUCAGUUGAGAGAGUGUGUUAAAAUCAUAUUAUCCAUUGACAAAAAGGGAAGGAAAAAAUUGUUCUUUUAUAGAUUUUGACCCAUCUCGUGCAUGCUGGUGUCUCCUCUUCAAUGUCAUCAGCAGGUAGCAUUUGGAUCCCCUCCCGCGUCAUAUAUUAUUUACUCGGCGGGUUGUCGUCUUCUUUGGAGUUUGCAGUUGGCCAUUUACUACACUUUUUGCGCUCCUGCUUUGCCAUUCCGGUAUUCCUCCGCCCCCUUCCAUUUCCGACUCCCUUAAUACUGAACAGCGGAGUGUGAGUUGCGCCCACGAACUCCAAAGACAGCAUUUUUUUCUUCUUUUUUUGGGAAGAAGAGAAUCCCUUUGUUGUUAUUUUAAUCCCCCUUGACCGUGGAUUCAUGGGGGGAGAGUAGAAAUAACGGCGGGAGGAGGGGAUAGAGAGAUAUGCUGUGCCUGAAAGCGGAAGCUUUGGCCAACGAGAUGUAUUCCUCCCAUGGCGUCAUGCUUCCGGCGAAUCUGGGAAGAUCGCUGCAGAAGGUGAUGCACAAGGUGGGGAAGAAUCGCAGUGAGGAACCACGGUGUCGGCGCUCACGCUCGGAUCCGUCUUCGUGUUCCUCCGGUGAUGGCACUCCGAGCUGUUCUGGUCUAGAUGCUAGCAAGAGUUAUGAUGGCACAAUGGAAGGGAGGCGCCACAAAAUGUGCAACUACAGAUCUCAGCUCGAAGAGGAAGUUAGAAGGUUGCAGCAGCAGCUCAAGGAAGAGAUUGAUCUGCAUAUAGUUCUGGCAAAUGCGAUAACUGAUAAUGCACACACUCUCGGGCCUCUGUUAGACUCCCCUUUGAAGCUGCCUGAUAAAGCCCAGGACCUUCUUGAUACUGUAGCAGCAUUAGAGAGAACAGUUGCAAAGCUUGAAGAGGAGUUGGCUUCUUUGCAACUUCAACUUUGUCAAGAAAGGAAUGAACGCCACCUUGCUGAGCACCAUCUUGGAUGUUUGCCAUCAGUAUUGCCAGAGCAACCAUCCAAAUCUUACAGUAGUAUGUGGGAAGAGCACAUAUCUUCUUUGCGGGCUUCCAAAUUUGGGUUAAGUCAAAUUUCUAGCUCAUUGCAACAAGAUCGAUCAUCAGAUCGGGAUUCAGAGUUAGCUAUGGCAAACAAAUCACUGGAUGAAUUCCCGGAAGAAGAGUUAUUACGAUCGUCUAAUGAGGUUGAAGAAGGGAAAAGAUUGGUUGCUUGUCUUCAGCAGUCUGAUGCAGUGGAAUUGAAAGACUCUGUGAGGACAAACCUAUGGAACAAUCCAAACAAGCUCUCAGAAGAAAUGGUGAGAUGCAUGAGAGAUAUCUUUCUUUGUCUUUCCGAACCAUCAGACACCUCUUCAAAGGCAUCUUCUUCAGAGUGUUUGCCUUACCAACCUUCACCAGUCAGUCAGCCAUCUCCUUUGAUGGCUUCUUCCGAUUCAUCCUUUAUAACCUCGUCUUCCCAGAAUGUUUCAACUGACACACGUCUAAGUAAUGAGAUAGUGGAAGUGGACAGAUUUGAUCCUUAUGGAGUUAAUGGCAAGAUAAAAUGGAGGAAUAUUGGAUGCUAUAGCAUGGCGAUGGAGGUAUCUUGGAUGUCUGUGGGCAAGGCACAACUAGAAUAUGCUGCUGAGGCUUUAAAAGUUUACAGAUCUCUUGUGGAGCAAUUGGCAAAAGUAAAUCCAGCCAACUUGAAUGGCAAUGACAGGCUUGCCUUCUGGAUUAAUGUGUACAAUGCCUUGAUAAUGCAUGCCUAUUUAGCAUAUGGAGUUCCUAAAAGCGACAUCAAACUAUUUUCUCUAAUGCAGAAGGCAUCUUAUAUAAUCGGCGGGCAGUCGAUCAGUGCAGCUGAGAUUGAAUUUGUCAUCCUGAAGAUGAAACCUCUGGGGCAUAGGCCACAGCUCAGUUUGGUAUUGGCUCUUCACAAGUUCAAGACUUACGAGGAGCAAAAAAGUUAUUGCAUCGACAGUCAUGAACCGAUGUUAUUGUUUGCCCUUAGUUGUGGAAUGUACUCCUCUCCCGCGAUAAGAGUCUUCAAAGCCGAUAACAUUCAACAAGAUCUUCACAACUCCAUGCUGGAUUAUAUUCGAGCAUCAAUAGGUAUUAGCGAUAAGGGAAAACUGUUAGUGCCAAAAUUGCUGCACUCUUAUACCAAGGGCAUCGUUGAGGACUCUUUGUUGGUCGAUUGGAUUUGCCGUCAUCUAUCACCUGACCAAAUAGCCAUUGUCCGAGAGUCCACAUCACAACGGAAACAAAGGUUGCUCGGCGUGCGGAGUUUUAGUAUCAUACCAUAUGAUUCAAGGUUUCGGUACCUAUUCUUGUCCGAGGAGAAUACUUGCAAGAAGUCUUGAUGAGGUUGAGAAUUGGCAUCUUUUUUAUCAAAGACUUCAUCUAUGAUUUUAUUCUUGGGCAUCUGAAUGCCUGUAAAUAUGUUUACGAAGUGAAAGAUCCAUCGAUUGUUUUCAUAGUCGUAGGAACUGCAGAGAAAGCUCGUGCAUAAGCCAAUUUGAAGGCGUUCAUGCUUGUGCAAGGGAAACUCGUACUUGUUCAAAUGGUAUGAUCUCAUAAGGGCACAGGAGUCGCCUUUUAGUUUGGUCAGAAUUGUAUAUUGAGAUUAAACAUAAUUGAACCAAAGUGAUUUUUUAAGUUACUUUUUCCAA